ACAGUCCUCUACCAGACCCCUGCCAGACCCCAGCCCACCAUGAUCCAUCCGGGUCACAUCCUCUUCCUGCUUUUGCUCCCAGUGGCUGCAGCUCAGACGACCCCAGGUGAGAGAUCACUCCUUGCUUUUUACCCUGGCACUUCAGGCUCCUGUUCCGGAUGUGGGUCCCUCUCUCUGCCGCUCCUGGCAGGCCUCGUGGCGGCGGAUGCGGUGGCGUCGCUGCUCAUCGUGGGGGCGGUGUUCCUGUGCGCACGCCCACGCCGCAGCCCCGCCCAAGGUAAGGGCAGGGAUGGGCGGGGCCUGGAGGGUGCAUGGUGUCCCUAGGGAGGGGGUCCCAGGGAGGGGGCCCUUGGGGAAGCCCUGGAGGAGGUGCUGGGGAAACCCUGGGGGAGGUGCCCGGGGGAACCCCUGAGGAAACCCCUGAAGCAGGGGGUCCCCAGGGAAGUGGAGAUGUGGGUGGUCAGGCUUCAUGCUUUCUUUCCCUACCCCCAGAAGAUGGCAAAGUCUACAUCAACAUGCCGGGCAGGGGCUGACCCUCCUGCACCUUGGACCUUUGACUUCCGACCCUCUCAUCCUGGAUGAUGUGUGGUGCCGCAGGAACCCCCUGCCCAAACUUUUGGAUUGUAAUAAAACAAUUGAAACACC